GAAGUUGGCUCUUGUUAGUGAAUGUACUGUGUCAGUGCUGGAUCUGGAGCAGCUCGUGCUGAGUAUAAAUAUUAAAUCACUGUUUUGAAUUAAAUCUGUGACUUUUUGUGAAGCAGCAGAAUGUUCCGCAGGAAGCUCACGGCUUUAGACUAUCAUAAUCCUGAGGGGUUUGACUGUAAAGAUGAAACUGAGUUCAGGAAUUUCAUUGUUUGGCUGGAGGAUCAGAAAAUCAGACAUUAUAAAAUCGAGGAUCGCGGAAACCUGAGAAACAUCCCGAGCUCUGAGUGGCCCAAGUACUAUGAAAAGUAUCUGCAGGACGUGAACUGUCCCUUCAGUGCCCCGGAGAGGCAGGAGGCAGUGGACUGGUUGCUGGGUCUGGCUGUUCGGUUUGAAUAUGGUGAUAACGUGGAGAAAUACAGAAACUACACACCUGCAUCAGAGGCCACUAAUACCCCCCUCAUGAACCUGGACAGCAACAAUCCUGAUUUUAAGGCUGGAGUCAUGGCCCUCGCCAACCUGCUGAAGAUCCAGAGGCAUGAUGACUACCUGGUGAUGCUGAAGGCCAUCAGGAUCCUCAUCCAGGAGAGACUGACGCCUGAGGCUAUCUCUAAAGCCAGCCAGGCCAAAGAGGGUUUACCAGUCGCGUUAGACAAGCACAUCCUGGGCUUUGAUACGGGAGAUGCGACUCUGAACGAAGCGGCUCAGAUCCUGCGGCUGCUGCAUAUCGAGGAGCUGCGGGAUCUGCAGACGCGCAUUAACGAGGCCAUCGUCGCCGUGCAGGCCAUCAUCGCCGACCCCAAGACAGACCACCGGCUCGGGAAGGUGGGCAGAUGAUAGGCCUGCAUCCCUGCCGGCCUAGAAGCUGUGUGUGUGUGUGUGUGUGUGUGUGUGUAUGUUGGUGUGUUGGUGUGUGUGAAUGUCUGUUUGGACAGAAUAGAGAUAUGAAUUUGAACCAUUUUUUUCUGUUGUUUAAAAGGAAUUGAUUGAUAUGAUAUGUACCGGAAGUUAUUUGAUGUUUUUGGAUUUGAGGAGAAAAUUAAAUUUCCAGUUAAGUUUUUUUUGUUCUAAACCUACAUUAGAAUACACUAAGGCUACGUUUGGUUCCCACAGCAGGUAAAAGUGUCUAAAUCUGAUCUCACCAAAUCCUGUCUCUCUGUCUUUUUUUAUUAAUUUGACGCGCUAAAGAGCAGCAGCGCUUCAGGUGAAGUUUCAGUUUCAUUUUCUCCAGCCUCACAGGAGCUAUCAAGGAGUACCAGUUGUAAAUAGUUCAAGUUAUUCUGCACUGGAUUCAAUGUUAAGAAAAAAUAAAAAAAUAGUUUUUACAUACAGUUUAACCUUUAUUUGCAUUUAGCCUCAAAAGAAAAUUAAACUGAUAAACGUUACACUGUCCAGCUGACGCUCCCAGCAUUCCCAAAUACAGCGCUUUUAGCCCAUGCUCCCAACUAUCAGGAUUACAAUGCGUAUACACACAAAAAUUCUAUAUUUCUACACCCAUAGCCAAUUAACAGGCCAGGAUUUUUGUCAGUUGUCUUCCUGACGUUACACCUCUAAAUCUUGAGGAUUUCUAUUUAAGCAUUACAUAAACAGCUUUCAUGAUUAAUAAGAAACAUUACUGAAAAACGUAAUUGUAAUAGAAUCUAUACAAAAAAAAAACAUUUAAGUAAAUCUGCUAAUGUCAAAAUAUAAUGGGUAAAAUCAUAAAUUGGCUUAUUCAUGAACUUCAUAUUAAAAUCAAUAUUUUCCUGAAUACAAAUCAAUCAGUUUAUUCCUCCAAACCUUUAGUUUUGUUAUGUUUGUCUAGUUUUUACAUCUUUAUUUUCAAACCUGCAGAAUUUGAUUUGAAAAGUCGUUCUGUUACUGAUCUGGAAUUAUUAAUUUGUAUUUAUUUGUGUAAAUAAGUUAAUUUACUGCAGAUUAAAAGGGUUUUGUAUCACCUACACCUGUAGCCUGAAUACAGGGCCAGGCAUUUUGAGCUCUGCUAAAUCAUCAUCCCAUUUCUGAAACCUUUACUCACUGCUGUCGUCCAUUUUUCUGUCUGUGGCGAAUAAUUUGCCCUUUUUACAGCGAGACUCAAAUUAAUUAAACUUGAUUGAUUGGCUCAUUCAUAGAUCGUAAGAUUCUGAUGUGGAUGAAAACGAAACCGAAACUUCCUGUGAAACCCUACUGUCUUAUAUUAGAUACACAGCUCUAAUGCUUUAGACAGAUUAGAUACUUUUCAGAUACUUUAAUAUGGGUCAAAUUAAAAAGCUAGUGUGAACAGCCUGAAAUGAACAUCAGAUUUGGUUCCUUGUGUGAACAUAGGCAAAGUGUGCCAAAUCUGAAUUGGAAAAAUGUCAGAUUCAGUGUGUUUUUGCUCUUUACAUAGAAAAACAGAUAAUACACCUGUGCUAAAUAUGACUACAAAGAUCAGAUUUCUGCAUUCUUCCCUGCUGUGCAAAUUUAGCAAUGUUUUGUAGUGUUUUCAUGAGUAAUUGCAAGAAAAAAUUUCCUUUUUGGCCAGAAACCAAGCUGUUCUAUCUUCCUUUCUGGUUCCAGUUUUGCUUUUUUGAUCUAAAACAACGAGACAGAAUGAUUGGUCCGGUAUGUGUGCAUGUAAAUAAAAGCCAUUAAAGCUAAA